AUGGCCGAACUGCUUGGCGUGGUCGCGGCGGCGGCGCAGCUCGCAGGCCUCUGCGGUUCUCUGCUCACCGUCCUGAAAAAGGUUAAAGGGGCUGGACUGACGCUCGAAAGCUGGAAGAGGCAGCUGGAGGACCUCAGCCUGCUGUCCGCCUCGAUUUCGCGCAACCCUCUGCUGCAGACGAGCGAGAUUGCGUGCCUGACCCAGUCCCUUUCCGCACUCAUACAGCAGGCUGACAUUGGCCUCAUCCUCGAAAAGAACCGGCUCUCGCGCGCGCUGUACGUGCUGCGCAAAGAACGAGAUCUGUUCGACACCCUGGCUGCUCUGGAGCGGCAGAAGCUGAGCCUCUCGCUGAGCAUGGAGCAGAUACAGUCUGGCGCCCUGCACGAGAUACGCGCCCGCGUCCAGGACAUGGCCUACGAAAACAGCAACUUCUGGGCCCUGCCCGACGCGUUGGCGGUCGAGUCAGCGCAGUCGCCGGCGGACUCGCUCAUGCUGGAUGUUGGGAGCAGCAUGCCGGAUGCGGAUUGGGUCUGUCCUCGGACGUCGCCGGCCGAUUUACCACGCGCUAGCCAAGACUCGCCCAUGAUGCUCGCGCCCGACGGUACAACGGCCGCCAUUGUUGGGAGUGGCCAUCAGGCUCCUGCCGCGGCCGAGCUGCGCACGCAACCGGAAGGGGUAUCCAUUGUUCCUCUUCGCUCCGACCAUCACGAGCUCUACACCACCAGCGGCGCGGGCAUCUCUGGCGUGACCUGCCACGGCAACGUGAACCAGUUUGUGGGAAGCACGUUUUCCGGCACCGCGUCCGAGCUGCCGCACGUCACAAACGACAUGACCAUUGCCAACAUUGGCAAGUGCGGCCAGGGAGACCAGCUUGUUGGCUUCUGGGCCGAGUACGAGGGCUGCCUCGAGGACAGCUUCAACCAUGCGGCCGUGGUCGGCACCAUUCGGGGCGUGACGCAUCGCGGGGUCGACGCGGGCGGCCGGCGCGGGCGGCAAAAAGUCGGCGUGUUUGUGACGCAUCGCGGAUGA